AAAUCGUUGCAAACAUUUUUAAUCAUCUGAAUUGAUUGAAUAUCUUUAAUAGUUGUGUAUUUUGAUUAAAUAUAUUCGAUCAUCUCAUUCAUUUAAUCUAUUUAUGAAAGGGCGAUAUUGAUUUGCACUCGACUUCUACCAGAUAGCAGCACUUCAUUGCAAUAUCUGUAUCAAAUAGUGAUCCCAGUUUCGGUGCCGGUGUUUGUAGUGACUUUUGAUGAUUGAAUUGCCGAUAGGAUGUUAUGAAGUUGAUAACUACCAAUGCUUAGAGAUAAUAAGGAGAUUGAUGUUUGCGAAAUGGCCUCUUCCCAAAGGAAAUUGAGUGAUUAUACAGACCUAUUGUCCACUAAACGAAUCCAGAAACGGACUUUGUCGGACACAGAUUGUACCAGGCGUUUCAGUACAUACAGCAAUGGAUUCCAACCCAGAUUUCGUAGCAGGCAUUUCAGUAUAGACGAGGAAAACAUCAAUCCGUUAGCAUCUUACAGAAAAACCAAGAAGUCUAAUUCAAUACCUGGAUUAACAAUGACUGAAGAUCUUUUAAACAAAUCCAGGUCAAAUAUAGCCAUGCCUCAAAUUUCCAAAAAGAAACUUUUAAAGACGCGUUCUACUCAGAACUUUGGAGUUUUUCCAACAAGGAAGGUUUCUCGACAGCAGAUGCUUGGGAAGCCAUUUCUUCGACAAGGGAGACUUCUUCGUCGUGUUCGGUCGGAGAAUAAUGUUAUUCCUGCUCCGCCAUUUAUAAAUAGAAUCCUGCCACUUGUGAGAUUCCGCCGGGUAGUGAAAACGGUCCAGGUGUUGCUACGGGCGACUCUGACGAACAGACAGACACAUCGAACAGAUGCCAAGUACCUAUCUUGGGCUCACGAUGACUUCUCGUCCUCCAAGAGAACUUACGAGAUGUUCGGCCUUAGUUUCGAUCCAAGUGACUACAGGGCCAAGAAAGAGGUUUACCUUAGCAAUGAGGCUAAAGUCAUUCUGUCUAUGGAUCCAAGGGACAGAACCGACGACCACCUGAAGGUGGCGCUGCUCGCGCUGAAUAACGCUGUAGAGGCUUUUGGGGAAUUCCCCAUUACUAUGCAACGAUCUCUAGUCAGAGUCGGCUGGUAUGAAUGUUUUGAAGACAAACGAGUUAUCAUUCGUCAAGGUCACAUGGCGGACAAUUUCUAUUUUAUCUUAUCUGGCACAGCGGUUGUAACGAUAUUGGAAACAGACCCGGAGACAAAAGAACAGCUUGUACGAACGGCAGCGCUUCUCGGGAAGGGUAACAGUUUUGGGGAGCUAGCUUUGAUGCACGGCGCCAAGAGGAGCGCGACAGUGACGUGUAAAAACAGCGUGGAACUGCUGGCGGUGGGGAGGGACGACUUUAUCGACAUAUUUAUGCCAGUCGAGAAGGACCAAGAGCCAGAACACAUCCGGUUCCUCCGUUCAGUCAUCCUUCUGAAGGGCUGGCCAAUCAUUAGGCUCCCCUAUCACGACCCCAAAAUAUGCUGCUUCACGUACUUCCGGCGUGGUCUCCUCCUUUGCAAAGACAGCAAUACGUCAGAGUGGGUUUACGUAAUUAAAACAGGCACGUGUCGGGUCCUGAAGGCGCUUCAAACAACACGACCAAAUAUUCCAGGACUGGAACCCAAUCAAAAGAAACACGAGAAACCAUUAAAGUUGCCUCCCAUCUCACUCUCACAAUCUGUGUCGUCAUCAUCAACAACUCCUAGUUCAUCAAUAGACUGGUGUUCGCCGCGUUCCCCUCGGAACUCCUCUAGUGAGUGUCAUAUACCAAAAAGUUUCGGAAAGUGUACGUCAGAAACGAUGGCGAAUCUCUUCUCUAAGAAAUCAAAAGAAGAACGACUUUCAACUGCAGAUCAUAAGCGUCGAAUCGAUCAAGUCUACGAGAAAACACAUGCAAAUAAUUUCAGGAGAGGAAAAGAACGUCUUCCUAGCCAGAAGGAUCUUGAAAGUAUUCCUAGCAGUUCCGAGCUAAACAAACAACACGACACUGUUUUUGUUCAGAUACAAAAACUUGGCCCGAAGGAGACGUAUGGGUUGGAGCAGGUCGCCUUUGGGAUGAUUGGUAAAACCACCAGUACGAUAUUGGUGUCAGAAGGAGCGGAAUGUAUCCUCAUCAACAGAAAAUUCUUCAAACAAUACCUUACAGACGAAGAAGCCAAACGGAUACGACACACGCUUCAGCCAAUUCCAUCCGAGGAAAGUUUACAGCAAAAAUUACAGGACAAAACCAACUGGGAAGCCUACAAGGCAUUAACAGUGGUUACACACCUACUGUAUAAACGGCAAGAAGAGAACAACACCGGUCUCAACUACUAAACCGGCAGCCAACCACGCCCACUUGUCGAAAACCACGCCCACUUGUCGUCAACAACGCCCAAUGGUUGACAACCACGCCCUCUUGUCGUUAACCACGCCCACCCGUCGCUAACCACGCCCACCCGUCGACAACCACGCCCACCUGUCUACCAAUAGUACAUUGGUAGGAUACCGAAAUUCUAUUCAUACUUCCGGGGCACCAUACCAUGUCAAACUUGACUAGUUUCCCUGUUUGACCAAGGUGAAUACGCGAAACCUCUGGCCUGCAAUUGAGCAGAAUACUAGUAUACUGUACAUGUACACCAGAUUUGGAUGAAGAUACAACCAGAACUGCAAAUAUGAAAUCAGUUUCACCUUAUUAAAAGAUAUGUCAUUUCAGAAUGAAAAAUGGGUGGAAUUCGUCAUUGGAUAAUCGACGAAUGUUUUUACAGGUGAUAGAAGAUUUAGUUCAAAUUACAAAAUGGCAGUUUUAACACAUAAUGAAAGGGUCAUCAGAGAUGCCGUCAUUUUUAGGAUGUUAGAAUGUAUAUAUGUGACUGAAUUUAUGCAAAUAGCAUACGCCCCAUUUGGACGAAAAGCACAGACAGUACAAAUGACGUUCAAAUGGAAACAAUUCUUAAGAUAAUUGAAUGGGUAUGUGAACAAAAUGUGUGAUUGAUUUGAAAGAAUGUUGUUGGAUGACCUAUACGUUGAAUUAUAUUAUUUAUUAUUUUUUAAGAUAUGUAAAUUAAAUCGACUUUUAUUUGU